AUGGACAACCCGGGCACUUCCGAGAUCGCGUCGCUGCUGCAGAACACACACAUCAAGCGCCAUCCCUCGCCGCGACACGACCUGAAUCCUUCCACGGCCGCUUCCGCGAAGCAGCCCGUCCGCCUCGACGUGCACCCCGACCCCGACGCCUCCGACGUAGACGAAGAUGAAGUCCCCCUCGGUGUCUUGCGGCCAAUUCCCCGGCGGAACGCUAUGCCGCCGCUUCCCGACCUGCGCCUCGAGCAGACCUACCUAAAGAGCAUCGAGCACGCAGAGUCGUGGCAGGCCGUGGCGUGGAUCACUUUCAAGGACCACGUGCUGCUAUGUUUCGGACAAGGCCUAGUGUGGACGCUGGUGUUGAGCGGCUGGAGGCACCUCAACCGCUCCGCCAAGUUCAGCGGCCGGGGCGUCGGUGCGCGGAUACGGAGGUGGUGGUGGGGCGUGAACAACUGGAAGAUACCCAACGAAAAGCUCACCGACACCAAGCUGGCAAAGAAUGCCUCCGGGUACUACAAGAACUCAUUUUGA